AUGCACGCCGUCAGGGCUCUGCGGCGAACCAUCGCCAGCCGCGUCGCGCCGGCUGCUCGGCUCGAUGGGUUCGCAGCCGCGGCCGCGGCGCAACGCCGCUUCGCGUCGUCCGUCUCCGGCGAGGUACUCCCCGCCUCCCUGCCCCCACGUGAAUCGCGUCGGAUCGUCCUCACUCCGUUCCACAACGAUCGCCUGCCUGUUGCAUUCCUUCGUGGUCUGUUCCUCCCCCGAUGCCUGCAUUGCCCUUCAUGCACGAUUCGUCGACCCGCUCUUAUUCACCGGAAAAGCGGCGACGAGUAUGUCAGAGCGGAUCCGGGCAGCACAGUGUCGCAUAGAGUCGCUCGCGAUGAUCUUCCCAGAUCCCUCAUCGUGUCCGUCGAAUCUGCUCCGCCAUGUGCCAUGUGGUUCCGCAUGGAUCCGCUCAUGCCUGAACGGCCCUGUUCGGAUGGCAUGACGGUGCGCGACGCCAUCAACUCGGCGCUGGACGAGGAGAUGGCAUCCGACUCCAAAGUGUUCAUCAUGGGCGAAGAGGUGGGGGAGUACCAGGGGGCGUACAAGAUCACCAAGGGGCUGCUGCAGAAGUACGGCCCCGACCGCGUACUCGACACGCCCAUCACCGAGGCGGGGUUCGCGGGCAUCGGGGUGGGAGCGGCCAUGUAUGGCCUGAAGCCCGUCGUGGAGUUCAUGACCUUCAACUUCUCCAUGCAGGCGAUAGACCACAUAGUGAACAGCGCGGCGAAGGCGCACUACAUGUCGGCGGGGCAGAUCAGCGUCCCCAUCGUCUUCCGCGGCCCCAACGGCGCCGCCGCUGGCGUCGGCGCGCAGCACUCGCAGUGCUUCGCGUCGUGGUACGGGCACGUGCCGGGGCUGAAGGUGUUGGCGCCGUGGAGUGCGGAGGACGCGCGCGGGCUGAUGAAGGCCGCCAUCCGCGACCCGGACCCCGUGGUCGUGCUGGAGCACGAGAUCCUGUGGGUGCACAGAUGGGGAGAGGGGUAG